AUGCUACAGCCAAAGCAAAAAGGGUUUUGGUCUUCCAGAAACAGGCACGCUAUCUCAAUUGGAGAGUUCCAAACCCAAUUGAUUUGGGCUUUUGUCUUCCAGCCUACUUCAAGCAAAUCCUUCAGGCACUCCAAUUGGAGAAUUCCAAUUCCUUCACGCAGCUGCCCCACCACCAAGUGGAAACUCCUUUCUCCAAUUGGGGAAGUGCAAACCCAUCAACCAACCACCACAACCAAGGCUUUUAAGGGAUUACACUGCACCAGUAGAGUACAAUGCACCGUAGUGCAUCGUCUUGACAACAAUCACACAGCGUUUCGAAAUUCGCCUAACAACUAUCCAACUUCUACCUACUUAUCAUGGGAAGGAGAAGGAAAAUCUCUACCAUCAUCUCAAGACAUUAUUCACCAUAUGCUCAACAUUCAAUUAUGGCGGUGUUAG